AUGUCCUCCCCAGACAACUCUUUGCAGGAUCCGCAUGACACGACGCUGACUGUCGACGAAUCGGUCACUUUGACCAUCGGCGCAGACUCGCUCCUCAUACUCGAUGACCGCUCGGCUAAAGCAGAUCGUCGCUGCUGCGGAUUGCUCCAGUCUAAACCAGAAACCAACCAUGCCAUUUCGCUGUACAACAUCCUCAGCGCCGAAGUAACCGCUUCUAAUCUAGUCAUCGCUUAUGCACAGCCUGCUGCCAAGGACGAUGUUUCCGUAACGACCGUCCAAUACCCAAUCUCCGAAAAAGAAAAAAAGGCCGCCGAGACAUGGGUGCAGCAACUACUUGACGGGGCAUAUGGUAAGGCACUGCGAGGAAAACGACUGAAGGUAUUGGUCAAUCCCUUUGGUGGGAAGGGGACAGCUGCGAGUUUGUAUCAGCGAUAUGCAGCACCGGUUUUCGCCGCGGCGAAGUGUCAAAUGGAUGUACAGACCACGGAAUACAGGGGUCAGGCAAUCAACAUUGCGGAAAAUCUUGAUAUCGACGCCUACGAUGCGCUUGUUUGCUGCUCUGGUGACGGCUUGCCAUACGAGGUGUUCAACGGGUUGGGCAAGAGGCCAGAUGCUCGAAAGGCGCUAGCGCAAACUGCCGUUGCGCUGCUCCCAUGUGGCUCUGGAAAUGGGCUGACGUGGAAUGCUUUCGGGACUGGCAGCGUCUCGAUUGCGGCGCUGGCAAUCGUCAAGGGGCUGAGGACCCCGCUGGACCUAGUCUCGAUCUCCCAGAAAGAUUCGCGCACGCUCUCUUUCCUCUCGCAAUCCUUUGGCAUUGUCGCCGAGUGUGAUUUGGGUACUGAGAACUUGCGUUGGAUGGGCGCUCAGCGGUUUACAUACGGUUUUCUAGUUCGUUUGAUACGGCAGACGAUAUGGCCUUGUGAUAUAGCAAUCAAGGUGGAAAUUGGCGACAAGGAGGGGAUCAAGAAACACUACGCUGCGUGGUCUACACGCCCAGAGGAUCCGGAUGCUGACAGCAAACGCCUCGAAAUUGCUGCAGAGUCCCCAGGCUUACCAGAGCUGAAGUAUGGCACAGUUACGGACGAGCUGCCCCAGGGGUGGGAGGCGGUCUCGGGAGAGACUAUGGGAAAUUUCUACGCGGGAAAUAUGGCUAUCAUGUCGAAAGACACAAAUAUGUUCCCUGCCACAUUGCCGGACGACGGCUUGAUGGACGUAAUCACUAUCGACGGAACAGUCAGUCGUGGUACAGCGAUUACUAUGAUGAACGAAAUCCCCAGCGGUCGCUUUUUCGACAUGCCAGAUCUCAAUGUCCGCAAAGCGUCUGCGUUUCGUCUAGUUCCCCGCCAGAAGGAGGGCUACAUCAGUAUUGAUGGUGAACGAAUUCCUUUCGAAGCGUUCCAAGCCGAGAUCCACCAGGGACUGGGCACGAUACUCACCAAAUCGGGUCGUGUAUAUGAGGCGGCAGGUCCUCGCUAA